AUGACUUGCUUUGUGGAUUUGGGCGCCCUGCUGGGGCUCAGCAUCCUGUGGUCACGGGUGACCGCAUCGCUGCGCAAGAAGCAGCUGAAACGGCUGCAAGCCUUGCAAGACUUGGCGCGUCGAAACUUGGGUCACGAGCUGACUGCUGGAGGUGGCUCUGCAGUUGAGCACAGCACAUCAGAGCUUGCCCUGCUGAGUGCUGUGCGACAAUAUGAGGACGUUCGAGCCACAGCCAAGUCGGCAGAAUGUGCUCCACCGACCACAGCUGAAUGCUUCGCAGCGACGCCUGGCCUGAAGACUCUGCAGUCCCUCAGCGGUUCCAUCGCUGGCUCUGUCACACCUCUGCUACAGCGUGCUGGCAUGGUGAAAAGCCAGGCUGAAGAUGUUGAGGUGGAAGAUCUUGUCUGCGCAGAUGUGAGGCAUUGGUUGGGUUGUACCCAAGCUGCUGAAGUGGAGCAGAGGCUCCAUUUUUAUCGGCAAUUGCUGAUGAGACCCGAGGUCUUUGGAGAGGAUCCACAGUUCUUCCAAUUGUUGGCAUACCUCUGCGAAGGUUUGGAAGAUCACUUGAGCCGGUUAUCUGGAAGUUCUAGAGACUGUGCCAAAGAGCUGUCGAAAGUGAUUUCGAUGGGCAAGGAACUGCUUGAUGCCUUGUUGCCAGUGCUGCUCCUCUCCAUUUGCGACCUCCUGGAUGGGACAGCGCCCUUGAUCAGCGUAGAAGCCAUCUUGAACUCCAUGGAGGCCGUUGGUCAACGGGCGGGGAUCGACGAGACCACGGCGCCCGGUGAUGAUGAACAAAAACCGGCGCGGCCCGCGCACAUCUUGCGACGCUUUUGGAUUGUGCUGAUCUUGGCUGCGCUGCUCUCCAGUGCCUUGUCGUAUUUGGUGGAUCAUUUGACCUUCGAAGUGGGCCUACUGCGUUCGUCUUUCACCCUGGGUGCGCCCCAUCUGUUGCUCUGCGUGGUGUGUUUCAACGUCUGCCUGGCCCUGUUGGCGCGCUUGGUGGCGGCCAGCACGGUGGAAGCGGAGGGCAGCGGCUUCCCCGAGAUGAAGGCAAUGCUUUUUGGCAAAGUCAUCCUGAACUAUCUGAGCCUCCGGGUCCUGGUGGUGAAACUGCUGUCGAUGACUUUGGGCAUUGCGGCCGGCUUGCCGAUGGGUAAAGAUGGGCCAAAUGUGCACAUCUCGGCAUGUGUAGUGCGACUGCUGAACCCUGGCUUCUUCGACAAGUACGUCACCGGCGGCCCUCAUGGGGCAGGUUCCACGGACCUGGGCGCCGUGUGCUCUAAGCUGCUCCUGGGGGCCUGUGCCAUGGGCUUCGGCUGUACCUUCGAAGCCCCCAUCGGGGGCGUCCUCUUUGCACUGGAACUGAUGUUGCCGCAAAGCUACGACGUGGUGGCCUACUGGGGGUGCUUCUGUGCCAGCGUGGUGGGAGCUAUAACCUACUUACUGCUGAAGAGCAAUCCUUUUGGCCACGUGCGCCGGUUUCUGCCUCUAGUGAGUUCCAAUGUCUUGCCUGGAGAAGGUGAUUCGACUGAAUUCCCUGUUUUAGAAUUGCUCACCUUUAUUUUGCUGGGCAUCUUCUGUGGACUCGCGGGUGGUCUCUUUGUCCGAAGCCAUGCCGUCACGGUGAGAAUCUUGAGAAGAUGGAGCAACUCUACGAGAAUACCACGCUUGAAGAGUGCUCAGGAGCCCUUGCUGCGUCGCCGACUCCUGCGCCUUCCGAGUUUCCACGGUGCAGGCGGAAGGGAUCUGCUGCUGGUAGCGCUACUGGCACUGACCAAUACAUUGCUGGCAUCCAGUCUGCCCUUGCUGGGGGGUUUGCCGCAGCCCUUGUUGGUCUCAAAGAUCUUUGACAAGAAUCUCUUGGAAGAUAACACCUGGAUUCUCCCGAAGUUUGGGCUUUUGGGCACGCUGCUCCUGUGCUUCAUGGCCAAGUGGACCAUGUCCCUGUGGUCCCUGAGCGCGGAGAUCCCAGGUGGGGUCCUGGCGCCGUGCAUCGUCCUGGGCGCCCUGCUGGGCCGGAUCUAUGCCGUGCCGCUGCCGGAGUGGUUCCUGGACCUCCUCCUCUCCGACUCCGGCGUCGCCGACUCCGGUGUCACGGAGGCGAAGGGCGCGCUGCUGGCGCGCUUCGCGAUCAUCGGCGCAUCGGCCUUCACCGCGGGGGUGUGUCGAACGUUUGCCAUGGCCAUCACAGUCUUCGAACUCUUGACCUUGCCCAACAGCGUCUUGCCCCUGUGCGCUUCAGCACUGGUGGCCAUUUUCGCGGCGAACCGAGUUGCCCUGCCCUUCUUCGAUUCCACCUUGGCGGCCGAAGAUCUGGGCGGAAUCCCUGCCUUAGGCUUCUCGGCCGAAGCCUUAUGGCCCGUGAUGAAGGUGAUGGAACCAAUCCAGUUGGAGACAGACGCACUGCCACAAGUGCUGACCCUGCGACACUUGCUGAAACUGGUCACGGAGAGAGAUGGGGAGGUCUUCCCCAUCAUUCGACCUUUGGAUUGGACAGCGACGAAGCAUCAAGCCUUACUGGUGGGCUGCAUGACCCGGCGACAAGCCUUGCGUCUCCUAAAAGCCUGCGACCCACAUGGGGAAACGCCGCGCCGGGAGAUCGAUCUCAUGAACGUGGAAUUUCAAGCUCCAAGUGAUGAAACGAUUCCGCCCUAUGUGGAUGGCAAUCCCCUUCGGAUCUCACCAGAACACACGGUGAAAGAUGCCUAUCUCUUGAUGAAGAUGUCGGAACAAGGUGUGAUCUACGUUACCAACAGAGGCGUGCUGAUUGGCUCGGUGAUGCCUGCUGAUGGCUCUGCAGGAUGCUCCGUCACGCCUGGGUCGAUUCUGUGGACGGAGAAGAGAAGCUCAGCGCGGCCAGUGGCGUGCACGAGCUCUUCCGCUCCGAGAAAUCCCGUGAGGUUCAACAACAUUAUUUGGACCUGUACAAGCAGUUGGAUAACUUCAUCAAGUUCCUGUCCAUGGUUGCGCGCUACAGGACUGUGGCCACUGUGGCCGGCGACGCGGCCAUGUACCAUUUACGGAGUACCCUGCACCACUUGCUGCAGGAAGUCGAGAUCUCGGUUGCUCUUUGGCAGCAAUGUGAGGUACAUUGGUGUGGAAGUGGACUUUGGGAGCAAUGAAUCUCUGGCAGAGCCCUUCUUUUGGUGUCGAGUGGGUUUUCUGAUUUGGUGUGGCUUGGAAUUCGCCAUUCGCAUCCUGGGUGGUGGCGGAGACUUCUUCAAGCUGCGAAACCUCUGCGAGAUGGUCUUUGUGGGUUGUGCCGCGCUGGACGUCAUUUUGUUCAACAAACCGGGCUGGCUCUGGCGCUUCAGUGGCCUUCGGAGCUGGCGCAUGCUGCGGGUCUAUCAGUUCGCGCGCACCUCCACGCGGCUCAAGGAGCUUUCACUGGUUCUGGAUAGCAUGAUACGAUCCUCCAAAGCCUUGCUUUACCUCGCCCUGGUGAUGGGUGGCGUCUACUGGUCCGCUGGCGCAUGGAGCCGUGGGAUUCUGGAGGCGAAUGGCACCUUCGAACUGAUGGACCAGACGUGGGUCUACGAAUAUUGGGGCCAGUCCGUCAAGGCGGCCUUCACCAUGUUCCAACUCUCCACCAACGAUGGCUGGGCUGCCUCUGUGGUUCGUCCCAUCCUGGAUCUGGACGUCUUUGGUGGGCUGCUGCUGCUGUUGUACACCUGGGUCACUUCCUACACUCUGCUGUCCCUUGGCAUCGGCGUCAUGGUCUGGGCCACCGUGGAAGAAGCGCGCAGUGGGGGUGACCAUGGCAGUCACAUCCGCGCGUUGGAGGAUAAGGAGGCGAUGCAGGAAAUCCGAAGCCACUUCGAGCAGAGCCUCAUGUUGCAGGACAGAAAUUUCAUCGACUACCAGGAGUUAAGAGAUGCCUUGUCGAUCCCAGAGAUUCUGGGCGCCAUCCAACACCUGGAGAUGCCCGUCUCGGAUGCACUCACUCUCUUUGAGCAUGUGGAUGUGAUGCAGUCAGGGCGCAUCACCCUGGAAGAUCUCAUGGAGUCCAUCAAGGCGCUCACCUCCAAGGCCACGCCAUUCGACACCUGCUGCCUGACGGCGCGCAUCGGCGGCACGGCCACCUUCACCACGCGCCUCGUGACUCGCACAGAUGUGGUGGCCUCGGAGCUCAGCGAGCUGAGACGAAAGUUGGAGCUGGGCAUCGAGGAACUCACACGCGCGUCCUUGGAGGACGAAGAUUUGACGUCGGUACCAGAGGUCUUCCUGCGAAAAUCGGGACACAUCAACCACUACAAGGAGAGCCACAAGAGCCGCUACACCGGGUGA